GUGCAAGACGCGUGCUUUCCCAAGCAUCUCCACCAAAGAUAGGGUUCACAAAUGCAAAACACCACCCCUACAUAUAUCCACUAUAUCUUCGUCAUCAUCGCCAUGUCAGCAGCCCACGGAACCUAAUUCAAGCCCACUUGUAAACCCUCAUUUCAUAACAAUCAACCACAACACCACCUCACUUCUUUAUCAAUCCCUCAUUCAAUUAAUUAAUUAAAUUUAUAUAUACUUUCGCUCUUGUUGGUUGUUGUUGAUUUGGGGAUUGAAGAAGCUAGGGUUUGAUGGAGGAGGCUCUGUUAGAUGAUAUUAUAAGGAGAUUACUCGAUUCCAAAGCCGGCAAGGUUCCGAAGCAAGUGCAGCUGACUGAAGCGGAGAUUCGGCUGCUCUGCGCUGCUGCUAAGGAGGUUUUUCUCAGCCAGCCGAAUCUUCUGGAACUCGAAGCUCCUAUUAAGAUUUGCGGAGACAUCCAUGGUCAGUACUCUGAUCUUCUUAGGUUGUUUGAGUAUGGUGGAUAUCCACCCGCUGCAAAUUAUUUAUUUUUGGGGGACUAUGUGGACCGUGGCAAGCAAAGCAUCGAAACGAUAUGCCUUCUGCUUGCAUACAAGAUAAAAUACAAAGAGAAUUUCUUUCUUCUGAGGGGCAACCAUGAAUGUGCUUCAAUUAAUCGCAUCUAUGGAUUCUAUGAUGAGUGUAAGAGAAGGUUUAAUGUGCGGAUAUGGAAAACAUUUACUGAGUGCUUUAAUUGCCUUCCUGUUGCUGCUCUUAUUGAUGACAAAAUUCUCUGCAUGCAUGGUGGAUUGUCCCCUGAAUUAAAACACUUGGAUCAGAUCAGAAAUAUAGCUCGUCCUGCUGAUGUGCCCGAUCAGGGUCUUAUUUGUGAUUUACUAUGGGCUGAUCCCGACAGAGAUAUUGAAGGAUGGGCUGAAAAUGAUAGAGGUGUUUCCUAUACAUUUGGAGCUGACAAGGUUUCUGAAUUUCUCCAAAAGCAUGAUCUAGAUCUUAUCUGCCGCGCGCAUCAGGUUGUGGAGGAUGGCUAUGAGUUCUUUGCACAGCGGCAGCUACUUACCAUAUUCUCUGCACCAAAUUACUGUGGCGAGUUUGACAAUGCUGGUGCAAUGCUGAGUGUAGAUGAUACAUUGACAUGCUCCUUUCAGAUUCUAAAGGCCUCAGAAAAGAAAGGGAAACUAGGAUUUGGUUUUGGUAGCAACACUAUGAGACCUGCAACACCACCUCAUAAGGGAGGGAAAGAAUAAUAGUCUAUAGGCAGCACUCAGCAGCAGGUCUCAAUGUUCAAAGUUGUAGCAAAUUGGGUCAUCCCGUUUUUGGCCCUAACAGUGUACUGCUGAAUCGAAUCUGGGAGAGGGUGAUUGGAUGCACUAUAUCUUCGAUCCUACAGAAAAAUGGGAUUAAAUUUUAAUUUACUCCAAAUCUAAUACCAAAUACAGAACGUGCAAGACAAGUGUAUUUCGUAUUUUGUAAUAUGAAAAAUUGAAGAUCUGAUAGUUUUCUUCUGGUUUUUUUUUACAAACUUUUACUACUCAGUAGAUCAACUGUUCAGGUUUAAUGUCCUUUUCUGAUGAUCUAUAUAGUGUUGUGCUAUUGGUGACA